AUGAACGAAUCAGAAACAAUGGAGAAUAAAAGGAAUGUGACUGAAUUCAUUUUAAUAGGUCUUACACAGAACCCCCAAAUGCAGAAAGUGGUGUUUCCGGUAUUUUUGGUUCUAUACGUGGUAACGGUCUUGGGCAACCUGCUCAUUGUGGUUACCAUCACCACCAGCCGGGCUCUGAACGCCCCCAUGUACUUCUUCCUGACCCACCUGUCCCUGAUAGACACAAUUUAUUCUUCUUCUUCAGCUCCUAAGCUGAUUGUGGACUCUCUUCACGAGAAGAAAAUUAUCUCCUUCAAUGGAUGUAUGGCUCAAGUCUAUGCAGAACACAUUUUUGGUGCUGCUGAGAUCAUCCUGCUGACAGUGAUGGCCUACGACCGCUAUGUGGCCAUCUGCAAACCUCUGCACUACACGGCCAUCAUGAGCCAACAGGUGUGUGGCCUCCUUGUGGGAGUGGCCUGGGCUGGAGGAUUUCUCCACGCAACUGUUCAGAUCCUCUUCCUCGUCUGGCUGCCCUUCUGUGGCCCCAAUGUCAUAGAUCAUUUCAUGUGUGACUUGUAUCCUUUGUUGAAACUUGUCUGCAUGGACACUCAUACCCUCGGUCUCUUUGUUGCUGCCAACAGUGGGUUCAUCUGCUUAUUUACCUUCCUCCUCUUGAUCAUGUCCUAUGUGGUCAUCUUGCGCUCCCUAAGGACUUACAGCCUGGAGGGGAGGCACAAAGCCCUCUCCACCUGUGUGGCUCACAUCACGGUGGUCAUCUUGUCCUUUGUGCCCUGCAUGUUUGUGUAUCUCCGCCCAGUAACCACGCUGCCCAUUGAUAAAGCUGUGGCUGUGUUUUACACUAUGGUGGCCCCUAUGUUAAAUCCCUUAAUCUACACCCUCAGAAAUGCUGAUGUAAAAAAUGCUAUGAGGAAGCUGUGGAGGAAAAAAGUGACUUCCAAUAAUGAUUAA